AUGGCCGAGGCCAGGAAGCGGCGGGAGCUGCUCCCCCUGAUCUACCAGCAUCUGCUGCAGGCGGGCUUUGUGCGCGCGGCGCGGGAAGUGAAGGAGCAGAGCUGCCAGAAAAGUUUCCCAGCUCAGCCUGUAACCCUGCUGGACAUCUAUACGCACUGGCAACAAACCUCGGAGGUUGGCCAGAAGCGGAAGGCCGAGGAAGAUGCAGCACUGCAGGCAAAGAAGGCCCGGGUGUCAGACCCCAUUAGCACCUCGGAGAGCUCAGAAGAGGAGGAGGAGGAGGCAGCAGCUAAAACCGCCAAAGCUGCUCCAAAACUAGCGUCCACCAACUCCUCAGUCGUGGGGGCGGUUUUGCCAUCAAGCAUGAAAGAAAAAGCCAUGGCAGAGACCAAGAAAGGCAACAAGACUGUGAACUCCACUCCUCAACCUGCCCUUGGAACCACGGCCAAGCCUGGAUUGGCAUCAGCAGGCCAGGGCGACAGCUCCAGCGAGGAGACCUCCAGCUCGAGCAGUGAGUCGGAAGUGGAGGUGAAAACCCCCCUGGUCAAAGCUGCCUCCGCCCCUGCCAAGGCGUCUCCUAGGAAAGCAGCGGUCCCAGCACCCCCCGGGAAGGCAGGACCUUCAGCUGCCCAGGCCAAGGCAGGGAAGCCAGAGGAGGACUCGGAGAGCAGCAGCGAGGAAUCAGAUAGUGAGGAGGAGGCGCCAGCUGCCAAGACCCCGCCUCAGGUGAAGGCCAAGGGGAAAGCCCCGCAGGUCAAAGCUGCCUCGGCCCCUGCCAAGGCGUCCCCCAGGAAAGGGGCUGUCCCUGCACCCCCCGGGAAGGCAGGGCCUGCAACUCCCCAGGCCAAGGCAGGGAGGCCAGAGGAGGACUCGGAGAGCAGCAGUGAGGAAUCGGACAGUGAGGAGGAGGCGCCAGCUGCCAAGACGGCACUUCAGGUGAAGACCUCGGGGAAAACCCCGCAGGUCAAAGCUGCCUCAGCCCCUGCCAAGGCGUCCCCCAGGAAAGGGGCUGUCCCUGCACUCCCUGGGAAGGCAGGGCCUGCAACUGCCCAGGCCAAGGCAGGGAGGCCAGAGGAGGACUCGGAGAACAGCAGUGAGGAAUCGGACAGUGAGGAGGAAGUGCCAGCAGUGGUACCUGUAACCUCAAACCUGGCUCAGGCAAAGCCCUUGGGGAAAAACUCCCCGGGCAGAGCCACCUCAGCCACAGUACCCUCUGGGAAAGGCGCUGUCCCAGCACCCCCUGGGAAGACAGGGUCUGCAGCCACUUUGGCUCAGGCCCAGAAGCAGGAGGACUCGGAAAGCAGCAGCGAGGAGUCAGACAGCGAAGAGGAGGCACCUGCAGCCACGACUCCAGCCCAGGCCAAACCAGCUAUGAAAACUCAGACCAAGGCCUCCCCGAGGAAGGGCACUCCCAUUACCCCUGCAUCUGCCAAGGUCCCCCCAGUGCGACUGGGCACAGCGACUUCGCCAGCUUGCACAUCCCCAGCUGUGGCCAGGGGUACCCAGAGGCCGGGGGAGGAUUCUUCAAGCAGCGAGGAAUCAGAGAGUGAGGAGGAGGCAGCUCCUGCCACAGCAAGGCCACAGGCUAAGUCUGUGGGGGAAAAUCUCCCAGUGAAAGCUGCCUCAGGGCAAGGGACCGCCCUAGGACUCCUUGGGAAGGCAGGGCCCAUGUUGGCCCAGGUCAAACCUAAGACACACGAAGACUCAGAGAGCAGUGAGGAAGACUCAGACAGUGACGAGGCUCCCGCAGCUCCAACACAGGUGAAGACCUCAGUGAAAACCCCUCCGAGCAAAGCCCACCCCACUCCCGCCAGAGCAGCUUCAGCCAAAGGGGCAGCGUCAGCUCCCGGGAAAGUGGUCACUGCAGCUGCUCAAGCCAAACACGGAUCCCCGGCCAAGGCGAAGCUGCCAGUGAAAACCCCCCAGAGCAGCGCCAUCUCGGUGAGGGGCCAGGUGUCUGUGCCAGCUGUGGGGAAGGCAGCAGCCCCAGCAGCCCAGGCCCCAGGGCCGGUUGAGGACGACUCAGAGAGCAGCAGUGAGGAAGAGACGGACAUCGAGGGGGAGGCACCUCCUCCGGCAAAGCCCUCAGGGAAGACCACCCAGGUCAGAACUGCCUCGGCCCCUCCCAAGGGGUCCCCCAGGAAAGGGGCUGCCCCACCACCCCCUGGGAAGACAGGCCCCAUGGUCGCUCAGGCUAGGAAAAAAGAGGACUCUGAGAGCAGCAGCGAGGAGGAGUCGGACAGCGACGGGGAGGCACCAGCAGCCGUGACCCCAGCUCAGGUGAUUAAAACCCCUCUGAUUUUUGUCGACCCUAAUCGUAGUCCAGCUGGUCAGGCUGCUACCCCUGUGCCCACCCAGGCUGCAAGUGCCCCAAAGAAGGCCAGGAGCUCCUCGUCCGAGAGCGAGGAUGAGGAUGUGAUCCCCGCUACACAGUGCUUGACUCCUGCCAUUAAAUCCAACACAGUGACCAUGCCCACGGCCCACCCAAGGACAGCCCUCGGAGCCAGCAGCAGUGAGGUGUCCAGUCGGGUGACAAAAGGCAAGAAGCAGGAGGCACCUGCCACUCAGGUGACAAAGAGGAGCCUGGCUAACCUCCCGCUGACCCAGGCGGCCCUGAAGGUCCUUGCCCAGAAAGCCAGUGAGGCCCAGCCUCCUGCUGCCAGAACCCUGUCUUCAAGUAGGAUCGACGGUGCCCUACGCUCACUCCCUGUGGCGAGCCCCAAGAGCUCCCCCGUGAAAGCAGGCGUGACCAACCAGGUCAGAAAGCCCAAGGCUCCUGCAGUCCAGCAGGCCACCGUCCCUCCCUUGGGACGCCCCAAAGCCAAGGCCUCUGGGACCUCAGGUGAUAGCGACAGCAGCAGCAGCAGCUCUUCAGGGAGCGAGGAGGAUGCGAAGAGGCCCCAGGCGGCCCUGCUGGCCCACAGGCUGGGCCCAGUGCCCGCGGGGAGUGAGACCUUGGUGGAGGAAACCCCAGCAGAGUCCAGCGAGGAUGAGGUGGUGGAGUCUUCCCAGUCUCUCCUCUCAGGUCAUGUGCCCCCUGGGCUGACUCCAGCCAAUUCCCAGGCUGCAAAGGCUACUCCCAAGCCAGACCCCGGCCCCUCGGUUUCUUCUGCUUCGGCCACCAAAGAUGCCCUGGGUGGCAAGCGGAAAGUGGAGCCCCCACAAGCACCAGGCACCACGUCCCCUAAGACAGGCCGAAGGGGGGCCAGCACCACACCUCAGAAGCCCGGGAAGGGGGCCGGGAGCCCCGAAGCCUCGACGCUGGCCCUGCACAGCGACAUCGCCCGGCGGCUCCUGAGCGAGCCCUGGCCCCUGAGCGAGGCCCAGGUCCAGGCCUCGGUGGUGAAGGUCCUGGCAGAGCUGCUGGAGCAGGAGAGGAAGAAGGCUGCGGGCUCCGCCAAGGAGGGCAGCAAGAAGAGCCACAAGCGGAAGCUGUCGGGAGAGCAGGCCGCGGCCAGGGCCCCCAGGAGCAAGAAGAAGAAGAAGCUGGCGGCCGGGGGGGGCGGGGAGGGUGCUGUUUCCUCGGAAAAGGCCCCCAGCACUGCCCAGGGGAAGCCUAAGAGAGACACAGCAAGUGGUGGCAGCAAAGAGAAGGACAAGCCAGAAGGGGAGCCAGAGAUGGUGAUGGUUGAGGGUGGAGGCCAAGCCAACCCGAAGAACAAGGAGAAGAAAAAAUCUGACAAGAAAAAAAAAGACAAGGAAAAAAAGGAAAAGAAGAAGAAAGACAAAAAGGCCUCAACCAAAGACCCUGACUCACCAACACGGAAGAAAAAGAAGAAAAAGAAGAAGACAGAGCAGCAGACUGUCUGA